UUGAUGGAAAACUACACCUACAACAGUUUCACACUCCAGAUGGAGGGGUUAAAGGUCACAAAGAAUUCCAUGUACAUGGUCUUUUCCUUGAUAUUAAUUUCCUAUAUUGUCAUAAUGGUUUUGAAUUUAGGCAUUUUGCUUCUGAUUAUCAUAGACAGGAACCUUCACCAGCCCAUGUACCUCCUCUUUUGCAACCUGUCUGUCAGUGACAUCAUUGGAAGUACUCGCAUUCUGCCCCGGCUGCUGUCGGACAUGUUGCGUCCUCCCUCUGAACGACUCAUCACUUAUUAUGAAUGUGUGAUUCAAGCUUUCACCACACACAUGUUCGGCACCACUUCCCACACAGUGCUGAUGAUCAUGGCCUUUGACAGAUAUGUGGCCAUCUGUAAUCCCCUGCGCUACACUGCCAUAAUGACCAACAGAAUGGUGAUGAAGCUGACAGUGUCUGCCUGGGGAGUGGCCUUUGUUUUGGUGGGGAUUCUGCUCGGUCUGACCAUACGGCUGAACCGGUGCAGGACUCUGAUUAUGAAUCCUUACUGUGACAACGCCUCACUCUUUAAACUCUCCUGUGAGAGUGUGGUAAUCAAUAACAUCUAUGGCCUCACUUUCACUGUGGUGCUGCUCACAGCUUCUAUAGGCAGCAUGGUUCUCACCUACACUAAGAUCACAGUGGUCUGUCUGACCAGUAAGAACAAGUCUCUGAACAGGAAAGCCCUGAAGACCUGCAGCACUCACCUGGUUGUGUAUCUGAUCAUGCUCUUUAGUGGAGCUACCAUCAUUACUCUGCAUCGCUUCCCUCAGUACUCAGACUACAGGAAACUUUCUGCCAUCCUGUUCACCAUUGUCCCUGGAUGCCUCAACCCCGUUAUUUAUGGCGUCCAGUCCAAAGAGAUACGAAAAUUUUUAUUUGAAAUGUUUCAGUCUAAAAAAUGUUUU